CUGAGAGAGCGAUGGCGUCCCCGCUUUCGUUGUACUUUCUCCUCCCACUCCUGGUCAUCGUCCCUCUCAUUUACUUCAACCACACGGUGUGCCGCCGACGCCGCUCAGCCGCCCGUCUGCCUCCAUCUCCCUGGGCACUUCCUGUGCUCGGCCACCUACACCACCUCGCGUGGGAUCUGCCGCAUCGCGCCAUGCGUGACCUCGCCCACCGACAGGGCCCGCUGGUGCUGCUGCGCUUAGGCUGGCUCCCCGUCGUCGUCGCCUCCUCCGCGGACGCGGCGCGUGAGAUCAUGGUGGCGCGCGACGUCGACUUCGCCUCACGUCCUAUCACCCACAUGAUCCGUCUGAUCAACCCCGAGGGCGGCGAGGGAAUCAUGUUGUCGCCUUACGGCGACGAGUGGAGGCAGAUCCGCAAGAUCUGCACCGUCGAAUUGCUGAGCGCCCGGCGCGUCCAGUCCUUCCGACCCGUCCGCGAGGACGAGGUGGGCCGUCUGCUCCGCGCUGUGGUGACGCCAGGGACGCCGGUCAACCUCAGCAAGCUUCUGGCAGCAUACGUUGCUGACUCAACAGUGCGCACCAUCAUCGGGAGCAGGUUCAAGGACAGGGACGCUUUCCUGACGAUGCUGGACCGCGGCAUCAAGCUAUUCGCCAAGGCAAGCUUGCCUGACCUCUACCCUUCAUCGCGCCUCGCCAUGCUCGUCAGCCGGAGGCCACGCCAAAUGAAGGGGCACCGUGAGGAAGUGGACGCGUUCAUGGACGCUAUCGUGUUGGACCACCAGGAGAACCGAGCAGCCGACGACGACGAGGAUUUGCUCGACGUGCUCCUCCGGAUCCAGCAGAAAGGCGACAUGCAGUUCCCCAUGUCCAUCGAAAACAUCAAGUCAACUAUCGGCGACAUGUUCUCAGGCGGCAGUGAGACGGCCGCGACGACACUGCAGUGGACCAUGGCCGAGCUUGUGAGAAACCCAAAAGUAAUGCACAAGGCACAAGACGAGGUCCGACGAGUUCUCGCCGGUCACCCUAAGGUAACAGAGGAUUUCCUACAGAACUUGGAGUACAUGCCACUGGUCAUCAAGGAGGCACUCCGCCUGCACCCACCGGGGCCACUGCUGCUGCCGCGGGAGUGCAGGAACGAUUGCCAGGUCCUGGGCUUCGACGUGCCCAAGGAAACGAUUGUGCUCGUCAACGUAUGGGCCAUUAGCAGGGACCCCACCCACUGGGACGCCCCCGAUGAGUUCGUCCCUGAGAGGUUCGAGCGCAGUAAGGUCGACUUCAAGGGGACGGACAUGGAGUACACGCCGUUCGGGGCGGGGCGACGGAUGUGCCCCGGGGUGGCGUUUGGUCUGGCGAACAUGACACUCGCGCUCGCCGGGCUUCUGUAUCAUUUCGACUGGGAGAUGCCCUGCGGGUUGGGGGCGAGCGAGUUGGACAUGACGGAGGAGAUGGGUGUGACCGUGCGGCUCCGGCAUGACCUUCUGCUUGUCCCCGUGGUCCGUGUGCCCGUACCAGUAGAUUAGUAUCCAGAUUUUGCUAAUUGAGUGGUACUUAUUGGGCGAUAGCCCCUGGUAAUGGUCGUACCAUUCGAAAAUUUUGUUUUGAGCAAAUUUCCUCAUAAUUCGAGCAUUUAUAUUUAUAUUUUUACAUCCCUUCUAAAAUGACAUUUGAAUUUGGAUUCUACC